UCUUGGUCAAAGUCAACAAGUUGUAAAUUCGAAUGAAAUCAAUUUCUUUCCAAAUGAAUCAAUUAUAAUUCUGUGAACACAUUCUCAUAAAUAAUCCAAAAUAAAUAUAAUAUAAAUGAAGAUGACUACAUUCACAACAAAAAAUCAAUCAAGAAAACGAUGGUAUCGAUUAAUCGGAGCCGCUAUCGUUAUAAUCAUUCUAGUCACGUUAAUCAUACUAUCUCGGCGUGAUCGUAAUAAUGUGUCAAAUACAAAUGCUUCAUCAUCAUUAUCAACAUCAUCAAUAUUCUCAAAUAGUCAACGUGAUCCAUCCAGGAGUAAAACAGACGGCAAACGUCGUCAAUAUUAUAGUGAUGAGAUGAUUGAAUAUGAACCUUUGAUUCAAUUGCCGGGCAUUCAUAUCAAAGGUCAAGUUCGUACUGUUGCCAAUGGUAAAUUAGUAGCCAGUUAUCUAUCUAUUCCAUAUGCUGAACCUCCAGUGGAUCAUCAACGUCUAUUCAGACCUCCUCAAUUAAAACAAUUCAAUAAAAAUAAUAAAAAUUCAACAUUGGAAGCAUUUUAUCAACCAAUCAAAUGUUAUCAGAGUACUUUUGUACUAAGUAUCACUGAAGUUAAAGGCUUGGGUGAUGAAACUAAAGAAGAUUGUCUAUUUCUAAAUAUAUGGACACCGUUUAAAGAAGAUGGCCAAAAUAAUAAAACGACCAAAAUGACUGGCAGGCCAGUUAUGGUCUUCAUUCACGGUGGCAUUUUUCAAUUUGGCGGUAUUGGAUCACCAGAAUUAGAUCCUUCGCUGUUGGUGGCCGAAAAGGAUAUUAUUGUGAUUACUAUGCAAUAUCGAUUGGGAGUAUUUGGAUUCGGAUCAUCCGUUGCCGAUGAAAAUAAUGACAAUUUUCGAAGCCUUGGACUACAAGAUCAGGCUAAAGCAUUGGAAUGGAUACACAAAUAUAUCAGAUCAUUCGGUGGUGAUUCAAAUCAAGUUACCGUUGUUGGUCAUGGUGCUGGCGCUAUAUCACUUGGAUUCCAUUUGAUGAAUAAAGAUACAAAUAAAUAUUUUAAACGAGCAGUUCUUCAAGGAGUUCAAGGAAUCUGGAACAUUGGUAUUUACGGCAUGAAUACUAAAAGUGUUCCAUUUUUGAUGGAAGAUUCUAAUUGUGAUGAUGAAACUGUUUCGGCACGCGAUAUACGAGCGUGUAUGGAAAAAAGUCGUAUACAAUCGAUCGUAUUCAUGGAAGGUCAACAAUAUUUGAUUGAUAAAUUUGCCAUUCCAUUUGUGCCAGAUUAUAAUCCAUUAACAAAACAGAUAUGGGACCAGGCUAAGAAUAUGGUGUCCGAAUCACGUUUUAAUGACUCAUUAUUGGAAAUAAUGUUCAACAAAUGGAACAUUUACUCUCCCGAUCAUGAAAUAUUGCUUGGUUUAAAUUCAGAUGAUGACUAUCAAUUUGAGAAAUAUAAUAAAAUCACUACUUAUAUAAAAUUCGGCGAUUCAAGUGAAGAUGAUUAUGAAUAUGAUGAUGAAACUGGUGACAAUGAUAGCGAAGAAGAAACCGAAGAAUCGAAUAACAAUAGUGCUGUUGAUGAAGAAGAAGAUGAUGAAAAGAAGCCAUCGAACGAUACAAUUGAUGAUGCAAAAAACAAUAACAAAGAUGAUGGAGAUGAUAAUGAUAGUAAAGACGAAGAAGACGAUGAAACAAGCGAUACAAGUGAUAACAAUGAGAACAAAGAAAUGGACAACAAUUCAUCAUCAUCAACAACAACUACGGCUUCAAAGGCAGUGGCAGAGUCCAAUUCAAAAAUCGAUAAUAACAAGGAUGAAGCUGAAGAAAGCAAUGAUGGUGAUUAUGAAACCGAGGAAGAAGAAGAAGAAGAAAGACGUCGGCGUCGAAGUCUUAAACGUAAACAACGACAAACAUUGGAACCAUCGAAAUUAGAUAAAGAUGAAAUGGUUAAAUUAUGUCGACUAGUCAAAAUGUAUCAUGUACAACAGGAACAAAAUAGCCCUAAAGGGUUAGCUCAGGUUUCAAUUUAUCGUGUUGAUCCAAAAGUUUUAGUCAACCUUCUGGAAGAGAUAAGCAUUGCAUUCGGUUCUAAAACUAAUCAUUGGCUAAAAGGAUUGGAAAAAUAUACAAUGAAUAUCUGGGGAUCUUUUGCCACUAAUGGCUUGGCCGGCUUAAGAAUGUCUGAAUCGGAACUAUCAACAUAUGAUUCAAAAAUCGGCUCAACAAAUGGACCGGUAAAUCUUAUUAACGUUGGACAAGCUAAAGAUGAUGAAAAUGAUGGACAGAUUUCUAUUCGAACAUUCGAUUGGAAACAAUUGUGUCCGGUACAAAUGUAUUAAGAAUAAUAAUCAGAUUAAUAUACCAAGUAGUAUGAUAGAUAUCAUUAUCAUUUUCAUCCGGAAAAAAUUGAACUGAAAUCAUAACAUUUGCUCACAUGUAUCCUGGUCAUCCAUCAUUCAUUAUCAUUAUUAUCAUCAACCUCAACUCAUCACAUUCCUAUUUUUUUCUAAAUUCCCAAUCAAAAAUCCGUUUUUUAUCAAUUUUUUUAAUUUUAUUUUGUUUUUCUCCCGAAAAAGAUCUUCAAACAUUAUUUAUUGAAUUGUUUUUUCCUCAAAACAAACACACUCACAUACAGACACACAGACAUCAAUAGAAAGGUUAUUUUUAUUUUAAAAAAUAAAAUUUUAUUAAAUCAUUA